GCCGUAGCGAGUACAAAACGCCGUGCCUGCGUAGCGGGACCGCGUACGCCCUUUUACCUCCCACCACCACCAUAGCAGACAAUAAUCAGUCAUGGCAGUCAUCGAGAGACGCACCGUGCGCUACAUCAUCAUCGGCGUCGUAGUAGGCGCGGUAGUCGUAUCGAUCAUUGUCCUGCCGGCCGUUCUCCCUGGUGCGCUCGGUUCAAUGGGUUUCACAGCUACAGGUGUGCAGCUAGGUUCAGCUGCAGCCGCCAUCCACUCGUCGAUCGGCCUCGUCGCCUCGGGCUCCGCCUUCGCCCUCGCCCAGUCGGUGGCAAUGGGCGGCGCUAUUCCUUUUCUGUGGACGCUGGGCGCCGCGGCCGUCGGGAUGCUCCUUGGAGGCGCGUUAGGCGGAUCGGCUGCUCGACUCGAGACCAUUUUGGCUCCUCACGUCGCACAUGUGAUGCGUGGGGCACGAACGGUCGUGGGUCGCGCUGCGCGUGGUGUGAGCCGCCUGGCGUCGGGCGUGAGAUCUUGGUUCUGAGGUAUUUCAUGUAAUGCUGGAGGAUUCACUGUCUAGUGUCCAUGAUACCCAACUGUUGUAUUUGUGACUUUUAAUUGCUACGAGGAUCGUUAUGCAUCGAUUGAUCAGUAUGAUGCUUCU